UGAAAGUUAAGGGGAAACAGUUAAUUCGACCAAAAAUGCAUCUCCGUUACAGAAUAAUAAGUGGCCGUGGAAAAAAAGAUCCACUAGGUGAAAACGAUGGGUUCCAUCGAAGAAGAAGAAAGACCUCUCUUCGAAGAAGGUCCUGUACUAUCACAGGAAGUGAAAUUGUAUGCUGAAGAUGGUUCAGUGGAUAUUCAUGGAAACCCACCAUUAAAGCAAAGAACAGGAAACUGGAAAGCUUGUCCAUUCAUUCUCGGCAACGAAUGCUGCGAACGGUUAGCUUACUACGGUAUUGCCAAGAAUCUAGUCACUUACUUCACCACUGAACUGCAUGAGACAAAUGUUUCUUCCGCAAGACACGUCAUGAUAUGGCAAGGCACUUGUUACAUCACUCCUCUCAUUGGAGCUUUAGUUGCUGAUGCUUUAUGGGGAAGAUACUGGACUAUUGCUUGUUUCUCUGCCAUUUAUUUCACCGGAAUGGCUAUACUAACACUCUCAGCUUCACUCCCGGGCCUUAAGCCAGCUGAAUGCAUUGGCCCUCUGUGCCCACCAGCAACACCAACUCAGUACUCAGUGUUCUUCACCGGUCUUUACCUUAUCGCACUCGGUACUGGGGGCAUCAAACCAUGUGUCUCAUCUUUUGGUGCUGAUCAGUUUGAUGACACUGACACUCGCGAACGCGUCAGUAAAGCUUCUUUCUUCAACUGGUUUUACUUCUCCAUCAACAUCGGUGCGUUCGUCUCCUCUACUCUUCUAGUGUGGGUUCAAGAGAACUGCGGGUGGGGUCUCGGGUUCUUGAUCCCCACGGUGGUCAUGGGGCUCUCUCUCGUGAGUUUCUUCUCUGGAACUCCGCUUUACAGGUUUCAGAAACCCGGAGGCAGCCCGGUUACUAGAGUUUGCCAAGUUCUCGUAGCUGCGUACCGUAAAAUGAACCUCAAGUUCACUGAAGAAGACCAUACGCUUAUGUUCGAAACAGUAGACAAGAACUCUGUAAUAGCUGGAAGCAGGAAGAUUGAGCACACACACGGUUACAAGAAAAUAUCGUUUUUAUCAUUUUGAUUUUGUGAGUUUGUAGAGUGUUAAUGGUAAAAUAAAAUAAACUGUUUUUUUUUUUCCCAUAUUAUACGCAGGUUUCUUGACAAAGCCGCUGUUAUUACAGAACAUGAUGUCUCUCCUCCUAACCCAUGGAAGCUAUGUACUGUGACUCAAGUCGAAGAAGUCAAGAUUCUGUUACGUAUGUUUCCCAUCUGGCUCUCAGGCAUCGUCUUCACAACUCUCCAGUCUCAGAUUUACACCCUCUUCGUGCAACAAGGACGGUCCAUGAAACGCAUCAUCGGCUCGUUAGAGAUCCCUCCCGCUACGCUCGGGAUGUUCGACACAGCGAGCGUGCUCAUAUGCGUCCCGAUCUACGACCAACUCCUCGUUCCCUUCGUGAGACGGUUCACAGGCAGAGCAAAAGGCUUCACUGAUCUACAGCGCAUGGGACUUGGGCUUCUCGUCUCUGUCUUGAGCAUGGCAGCUGCAGCUAUCGUCGAGACAGAGAGGCUGCGUUUUCUUGGGGCAAUGAGCAUCUUCUGGCAGGUCCCUCAGUACUUUCUUAUGGGGACAGCGGAGGUUUUCUUCUACAUUGGUCAGCUUGAGUUCUACUACGAGCAGUCUCCUGACGCGAUGAGGAGCUUGUGCAGUGCCUUGCCGCUUCUCUCUACCGCCUUUGGGAGUUACCUGAGCUCGUUGAUCAUCUCGGUUGUGGCGUAUUUGACGACAAGGGAUGGUCGAGAUGGUUGGAUUCCUUCGGAGGAUAUUGAUAAAGGGCAUCUUGAUUACUUCUUCUGGCUUUUGGUCUGUUUUGGUGGUGUGAAUGUUCCUGUUUUUGUCUUCUUCUCUGUCAAGCACUUGCAGAAAAAGGCUGCCUGAGGUUUAGCUUUGUGUCUCUGCUAACCUGCUUUGGGGUCUUGUUUGAAAUUUGUAAAUACGAAACAUGUAAAAAACCAAAGUUAUGGGAAAUUAUGUAAAACUAUGAAGACCAUACAUUUUUUAUAAA